AUGCACGUCUUUUCUACCCUUAUCCCGGCCGUGGGUCUGUUCGCCCACCUCGCCACAGCUGCGUACAAGUUGCAAGACGACUAUGGUACCGGUGACAAAUUUUUUGAUAAUUUCGACUUCUCCACAGACCCGGACCCAACGAAAGGCUAUGUGAACUAUGUAGACCGGUCAACCGCUAGCCGAAGUGGCUUAAUCAAGGCUUCUGGGGACUCCGUGUACAUUGGUGUCGACUCUACCAACAUUGCUAGCAGCCCUGGUCGCCAGAGUGUGCGCCUGUCCAGUACCAAACGUUACACCCAUGCACUGGUGAUUCUGGAUCUGGAGCACAUGCCGGGAAGCGUCUGUGGCACCUGGCCCGCAUUCUGGAUGCUCGGUGACAACUGGCCCAGCAACGGCGAGAUCGACAUCAUCGAAGGCGUCAAUGAGCAAUCCACCAACCAGGCGGCACUGCACACUAGCCCCGGAUGCUCAAUCAAACAUUCUGGCUUUAGUGGCUCUGUUGACACAAGCAACUGCUACGUGAAAGCAUCCGGCCAGUCAGACAACGCGGGCUGUGCUAUCACCAGCAACAACACCCAGUCCUAUGGCAAUGGAUUCAAUAAAGCCGGCGGUGGCGUGUACGCCACCGAGUGGACUAGUAACGCUAUCAAAGUCUGGUUCUUCCCAAGUGCGAGCGUCCCCUCGGACAUUAGCAAGGGCAGCCCCAACCCUUCGGGCUGGGGUAACCCUAUGGCGGCCUUCGCUGGAAGCUGCGAUAUUGACUCGCACUUUAAAGAACUCCAGAUUAUGUUUGACAUUACCUUCUGCGGCAGCUGGGCCGGCAAGGUCUGGUCAUCAGACAGCUGCGCCUCCAAGAGUAGCUCAUGCAAAUCCUACGUCCAAAACAAUCCCUCCGCUUUCACCGAAACCUACUGGAGCGUGAACUCGCUGAAGGUCUAUCAGGACGGUAGCAGCCCAAGCAACGCUACUUCCUCCGCCAGUGCGAGCUCGUACGCUUCUACCCCUCUUGUUUCUUCCACCCCUCGCCCUACAUGGAAGCACCGUCGUAACGGCCACAAUCACGGACAUUAA